AUGGAACCAGUGUCCAGCAACAUCCAGGUCCUGCUGCAGGCGGCGGAGUUCCUGGAGAGGCGCGAGAGAGAGGCCGAGCACGGCUACGCGUCCUUGUGUCCGCACUACAGCUCCGGGGCUGUCUACAGGAGGAGGAAGCGACCCCUGCAAACUCCUGGCGCGCUCAACAGUGGGCGGUCUGUGCACAAUGAGUUGGAGAAACGCAGGAGGGCCCAGCUUAAGCGGUGCCUGGAGCAGCUGAGGCAGCAGAUGCCCCUGGGGGUUGACUGUACCCGAUAUACCACACUGAGCCUGCUGCGCCGGGCCAGGAUGCAUAUCCAGAAGCUGGAAGAGCAGGAGCAGCAGGCCCAGCGGCUCAAGGAGAAGCUUCGAAGCAAACAGCAGAGUCUGCAGCAGCAGCUGGAAGUGCUCCAGGGGCUGCCGGGGGCUGGAGAGCAGGAGCGGCUGCGAGCAGACAGCCUGGACUCUUCCGUUCUGUCCUCUGAGCGCUCAGACUCAGACCAAGAGGAUGUGGAGGUGGAUGUGGAGAGCCUGGUGUUCGGGACAGAGAAUGAGCUUCUUCAGGGCUUCGGCCCUGGUCAGGGCCUCAGCUACUCACACAGCCCCAGUACCUGGCUAUGACGCUGGCUGCCCAGAGCACCCUUGACUGCCUCU